AUGUCAGACCAUGGCGAUACCGCGCCUCUCCUCGGCGAGCAGCGCCAGCCGGAAUACGGAGCCGUCGAAGAAGCGCCCCCGGUCGCUGAAUCGCGCACCUCAUUCAAGCGCAACCUCGGCACCGCCGAGGCGUUUAGCAUCAUCAUCAGUAUUGUUAUUGGAAGCGGAAUCUUUACCUCGCCAGGAUCGAUCGAUACAAAUGUCCCGUCGCCUGGAUUUGCGUUGAUCGUUUGGCUGGUGGGUGGAAUUCUGGCGUGGACGGGGGCGGCGACGAUGGCAGAGCUUGGCACUACGAUCCCAGGAGAGGGUGGAGUCCAGCCGUACCUUCAGUACAUCUUCGGCGACGUUUUUGGCUUCCUGGCCGCGUGGACGUGGAUCGUCGCGGUGAUCCCAGCGUCGCUGGGGAUCAUGAGCAUAGUCUUUGUUGAGAGCGUCUUCUCUGCCAUUGGCGAAAACAAUCGGACUCAGGGGCCGCUGCACAAGCUCCUCUCGAUCCUUGUGCUCAUCGUCUUCAGUAUGGCCAACGGUAUCAGCACAAAGGCGACGAACCGCUUGAACCGGUUCUUCGUGACGGCCAAGUUCACGGCGAUCGCAGCGACCUUUGUCGCGGGGAUUGCGGUCGUCGUGUAUCACCUCGCCGCGCAGACGGACAAGUCGACGCAGGAUUGGUGGACGAAGUCGUGGUUUGGGUAUAGAACCAGCGUUGGGCCGGACGGGUCGGAGAUUGACUGGAGUAAAGUGACUCGGUGGGAGAUGUUGGGCCAUUACUCGGCGGCUCUUUACGGUGCGCUCUGGGCGUAUUCCGGGUGGGAUAAGGCAAUCUAUAUCACUGCUGAACUGUCGGCGCCAGCCCGCCAACUCCCGCUAGCCAUCAACACCGCGAUCCCAAUCGUGGUCGGAAGUUACAUCGCUGUCAACGCAGCAUACUACAUUCUGCUUCCAUGGGACGUCGUCUCCACCAGUGACAGUGUCGCCGUGACCGCGUUCAACCACCUUCUCGGCCCGGGCGUCGGCCUCCUAGCCGCCGCCGUCAUUUGUCUCGUCGUCGCCGGUUCACUGCUCGGAAGCGCCUUCGUCGGCAGCCGGAUGAUCGUCUCCGCGUCGAACAAGAACUGGCUCCCCCGAUUCCUCGGGCGGGUCGGCUACAUCGGGCUGCGCCCGGCCUCUCCAUCAGACGAGUCCGACGCUCCCAUCAACGCCCUCAUCUUCUCAACAGCCUGCUCAGCCUUGUACAUCAUCUUUGGCAAUUUCCGCGCCCUGGUCACGUUCAACGGCCUGGGCGAGUACAGUUUCUUCUUCCUGACGAUGGUCGGUGCUCUGGUGUUACGGUUCCGCGAGCCAAAGCUGCAUCGUCCAUACAAGCCAAUCGUCCUGAUCCCCGUCGUGUUUACCUUGGUUAGCGGGUUCGUAGUCGCCCGCGGGGCGGUCUUUGCGCCGUUCCAGGCGGCAGUCCUUAUUGCAGUUUGGGGUCUGGGAUUGGGGUUCUAUUGGGCGCGCAGGUGGUGGCUGCGGCGAAGGGGCUGA